AUGUCUGCUCUGGAAGCCGACGUCGCCUUCGACUUCACCUUUCCCUCCCCCUCGACCCCCCCUCCGCCCUCAUAUGGCUUUACCGUGGAUGGCGCCUUCACCUUUGACCCGACGUUUCUCGAAAUUCCCUACGGCUAUCAUGACCACCGCCAUGCCCGGUCCUCAUCCAAGGCAUCGUCCAUCUACUCGGCCGUGUCGACUGUCGACUCUACGCCCGACUCUGUCUGCACGCGCUUGACCACUCCUCCGCGCGCAAGCCCCCCUGUCGUUCGUCAUGGCCCUCUCUUGCUCCCCAAGAUCCGGCCGCAGGACCAGAACCUCGACGGUUCACAGCUUCCUGUUGCCAACGUUAAUGCUCGCCGUGCCAAGAAGGCCCAGACAACCCCUCCGCCUCGGCCCAGGCCUGCCUCUGCCAAACCACUCCGCUCCAGCCAUGCCCGCAGUUACACCAACCCGGAGACACUCAGCAGCAUGGCUUAUGCGCACAUGUCCUCCUUUGCUGGGGCCUCGUUUCACGGGAGUGAUCCGGCGCCGCUGCUGUGUUCGCCCGCCGCCUUUGCGCAAGACACCGUACUGUCCUCGGAGCCGGACCUGAUGAACCCGGGCGUGUCUUCUGAGCUUCCCUCCCGCCGCGCUUCAACAUCGUUCAGCGUCGACGCGGCUGUCAUUGACCGGUACGGCUAUCCCACGUAUCGCCGGAUGCCGUUCUCGUCGGUGCCACCGACUAGCAACAUGACCAGCCAGGCAGACUGCGCCUUUUCGUCAUAUACCCCUAGAGCUCCGUCCCCUCUGGCGAUUGCUGCCUCCCUUGAUGAGGCUUCCACUCCUUCAACACCCUCGACGACGCUCAUCAACUUCCUGACUGCCUCCAACCCUGCCGCGUCUCUUGUGCGCAACAUUUCUUUCCCACUCCGCGACCCUAGCAUCCGACACUUUUGGUGGGAUGUCCGGAAUGUUCGAUCGUGGACCUCUUUCACUGCGUCUGCCGUUCUCUCUCUGCCCGGUGCUCGGGCUCUGCUGACCACGCCGGUCCCUGCCCCUGUCCUCCCCCAGCCGAACAUGUCGGUUAGACACCCUGACACAGAGGCGGCCCUGCAUGGAAUUUAUACGUCCUUUUAUCUGCCAAAGAUGAACGCAGCCCUUGCUAUUUCAUCGAACCGCUCUCUGCAAAUUUCUGUGCCGACCAAGGCAGCCAACGGCAUGAGUGACCUUCUCUUUCUUGUCAACGCUGCGGGUGAGUCCGCCACAGCGGCGACAAUGUUCGGUGGCAAGCCCUCCGCCCGUGUCGUCGGCCUGGUCCGAAGUUUCGACCGCUUCAAUACUGGCAUGCGUGUUGAAGGCAACAUCAAGCGCGUUGAAUAUCUCCGCGGCCUGUCUGCGAUUCAUCAUGCCAUGCGCGAACAUGGAUGCCGCUACGGCUUCAUCCUCACCGAGAUUGAGCUUGUCCUCGUUCGCGCCGGGACGGAACCAACGCCUUUCUUUGGUGAUCUCGAGAUCACUUCCGUGCAGCUGGCCACCUCGGCCCCUGAAGGCGACUUGGAAAGCACACCGUCCAUGGACACGCCCCAGGCCAUGACCGCCUGCCUCGCGCUUUGGGGACUCUGCCAGCUUGCGGGGGAUAGGGCGCCUCCGGGCCACCCUCACUGGAAAGCCGAGAUCGGGGCCCCGGCCGAGGGGACGCGUCGCAAGGCAAAGCCUCGGGAUAACUGGAUGCCGCAGCCCCAACUCGCGGAGAAGCGAGAAGCCAAGCGCAGCCGUGGUUGGGUCUGGCCCGAGGAUGCCAUUGGCAGGAAGGAGAUGGGCAAGCGAGGCGUCAAGUACGGCAACUUCUGA